CCUUUGGUGAAUUCCUUCUCGCAUCAGUUCCCUCCCCCACAUGAAGACAGAGUAGCCUGGAGCCCUAACCAUUCUGCCAAAGGCAACCAGAGAACUGGUCUCUCCUGACAGCCUGGUCCCUCCCAGAGUAAAAGUUGCUUCUUUGGUAGGUGGCUUGUGACCAGGGAGUGGAUCCUCAGGGGUCUUGGGCUAUCACAGGAUCUCCAGAACGCCAUGCAGAAUCUUAAGCCAUGAAGGACUAUUCCGAUGUCAUCCUCUGUCCAGAGGAAACUGAGUUGAGCAAGACAGAGUUCUGCAAUCCUGCUUUCGAUCCUGAAGCAGGGCCUUCUUGCCCCCCACCAGCCUUACAGAAAGAUGCCAGCAGCAGCCUCAAAUCUCCCUGGCAUGGUAGCUAUCCCAGGGCUUGCUCAGCCCAGCAUCUCCGAAGGCUACAACCAGACUGCCGUUUCUCUUGGCUCUGUAUCCUGCUGCUCAGUGGCCUUCUGGUCCUGCUGCUGGGGCUACUGGUGGCUAUCAUCCUGGCUCAAUUGCAGGCUACAUCCCUCCCCAGGACAACCCAGAGCCCACUGCCCACCCGAGGCCUCCCCACCAAGGGCGGCAUUCCUAGCUCCACCCCUAACACCAGCACUACCACCACCAGCACCUCUCCAGCAGCCACAGGGCAGCAGGAGGUAGCCAUGAGCCCUACACAUCAGAGCAACUGCGGAGGCCUCCUUCCUGGUCCAAGGGGUUUCUUCAGCAGCCCCAACUACCCAGACCUUUACCCACCCCACAGCCACUGUGUCUGGCAUAUCCAGGUAGCCACAGGCCAAACAAUACAGCUCAAGAUUCAAGCCCUCAGCAUAGAAGGUGUGCUCGCCUGUGUUUUUGAUCGCUUGGAAAUUGUCCCAGAGCCUUCAGGCCCUCUUCUCAGGGUGUGUGGUAAGACACCUCCUGCCACACUAAACACCAAUACCAGCCACCUCCGUGUAUCCUUUGUCUCUGAUGACGAUGUGGAAGGGUCUGGUUUCCAGGCCUGGUACCAAGCUGUGGCCCCUGGGCAUUGGAGCUGUGCCCAUAAUGAGUUCCGCUGUGACGAGCUCCUCUGUCUGAAGCAUGACUUAGUAUGUGAUGGCAUUACCAACUGUGCCGACGGCAGAGAUGAGGCCAACUGCAGUGCCAAGACUUUGGGGUGUGGAGGGAAUCUGACUGGGCUCCAUGGGCUGUUCUCUACUCCCAACUACCCACAGCACUACCCUCACCAACAGCUUUGCACCUGGUACAUCUCAGUGCCCGUGGGGUAUGGCAUAGGACUACAAUUCCACAACUUCAGCCUGGAAGCACAGGCUGAGUGCAAGUUUGACUACGUGGAGGUGUAUGAGGCCAGCAGUUCCAGGGCCUUCAGUUUCCUGGGCAGGUUCUGUGGUGCUGAGCUGCCAGCCCCCCUCAUCUCCUCACAGCACCAGCUGGCUGUAAUCUUUAAGACAGAUCUUGGUAUCAGCAGCGGGGGCUUCUUAGCCACCUACCAGGCCAUCAAUACUACAGGGAACCCUUGUGGGCCCAGAGAGUUCUGCCAGGACAGAGGAUGUAGAGAUCUGCAAUGGAUGUGUGACUUAUGGAAAGACUGUGCAAAUGACAGCAACAACAACAAUUGCAGUGGUCACCUGUUCCCACAACAAGAGCUGGCCUGUGAACCUGUCCAAGUGGAGAUGUGCCUUGAACUAAGCUACAACACCACAGCUUUCCCCAACAUCUGGGUGGGCCUGGGCACCCAGUCGGAGGUGGUAGACAUCCUCAGAGGCUACAAGAGUCUGACAAGUCUACCCUGCUACCAGAAUUUCCGGAGGUUUCUUUGCGGGUUGCUUGUACCUCACUGUACCCCACUGGGCACUGUCCUACCCCCUUGCCGCUCUAUCUGCCAGGAGGCAGAGCAACAGUGCCAAUCGAGUCUGGCACUGCUGGGCACCCCCUGGCCCUUCAACUGCAACAGGCUGCCUGAGGCAGCUAGCCUGGAAGCUUGUUCCCAACCAUGA